ACAAAACCUACAGGAUCUUUGUCAGAGUAAGAUCUUGGAGUGUACCAGUUUUUUUUCUUCAGAUACCAGCUUUUAGUGACAUCUGUACCAGCGGAGACGCAGGCAAGGUGGGCUGCCCCCUGCGACCCGACUCUCUGAGGCUCCCGCCGGGCCGCUCAACACCCUCCCUCUCCCCCGACGCCCUGCGGCACGGCAUGGCGUCCCUAGAGUCCAUCGGCAGCUGCUCCCUGGAUGUGGAGGUGACGGCCAGCGAGGCCUCAGAGUGCAACGAGGACUCUGCUUCUGAACGCACUCUCAGGAGUGUGUCCCUGUCGACCAGGACCCCUGAAGCAGACUGUCCCAGCAAGCCUGCGCAGGGCGGGGCGUCCACCCCAGAGUACGUGAAGAGAACGGCCAGGCUGUUCGAGAAGACCACGUCACCAGCUAGCUGCCCGGCUGUGGUGAACGGCAAGAGUGAAAAUGCGGAUGGAAACUAUGAGAAACUAACAAACGGUACCACGUUAGCAGCGAAGAAACCGUCGUACCUUGGUUUGGCCUGCUCCAUAAGUGGUUACAGUGGGAUAACAACGUACGACAGCAAGUUGCGCGAAGGAUUCAGGUCUCGAGACCAGAGCCCCGGGAGGUUGGGUUUGAUCGCGAGUAGGGAAGUGAGUCCGCUGCGACAGGGCAGCGACAGCAGCGAGGGGUUCACUGUGCAUUCUGUGUGUGGCAACUAUCUCGUGCCUCCAACGAAGAGCAUCACUAGGUUUGCAGUGGGCACUCCAAGCUCUGUGUCAGAUGGAUUUAUAGAACCUCAAAAGCCUCUUUUGCUCAAUGAUAAAUUAAAACAAAAUAAAAGCGAGGAUAAUUUUGUAAAUGGUGUUGAAACAUUUGACUCAAUUAUUAGUUUGGAUUCUAGCAUCAAAGUAAAAGACAUGGGUGACAAAAGUACUGUUAUAACUACCGAUGGUUAUGUGAAGAAUGGUUCUCCUGAAAUAACCCACGGCAAAUUAAUAGAUGAUGGUCGUAGGCUAAGUAAAGACCCUAUUCCUCGUGAAUCAUUGUCUGAUACAGUAGCUUCUAUAAGAGAAUCCUCGAAACAUUUCAUGUCAUCAAUGCUGUCAUCUAGUUCUUUCUCGGCGAUAAGCAGCGAGUCCUGUUUCGACAGGACCAGAGCAGAAGAACCGACUCGUUCUCCCAUCACUCAGAGAAGCCACGAGGAGUCUGCAAAGUACUCUCCAGAUACGUCGAAGACCGACUGGAAAAACUCCCUAGGCGCACCACUGGCGUCCCCGCUGAAGCGCUCGCCAGGGGCCGUGAGAGUGGUGGAGUUCACGUCGCAGACCAAGAGCUACGUGACGGCCGUGUCUGCAAAUGGUGCCACGAUACAGGCGAGUGCGUCAAUGCCAAACCAGUGUGUGCGGGAUGACGCCGGCAGUUUGUCGAACAGUGUGAACACCUGCAAGUCGUUCAUCCAGCAGAGAGUGGAGCGCCUGUAUGGGCCCGGAGCCCUGGCUCAGGGGUUCUUCAUCCGCACGAAGGGGCUGCUCAGAGACCCUGACGACCAGGUGUCGGAGGAUGCGCUGGAUGCGGAGGUGCCUGUCCGUGUCACCAGCAGCAGCCCUGCGCUGCCCGUGCUGCGCCACCUCAGGCCGGAGUUCCGCGCACAGCUGUCGGUGGCCGUGCCGGUCUCGCGCCGCCCACAGGACCAGCCGUGCCCGCAGGGCAAGGUCACCGUCAUCCCUGUUGAAGUGGAGAAGCCCGUGCUGCAGCAGCAAGUGUCCGUGGAGAGCGUGCCGGACCUACAGCCUGCCGCACCAGAGGUGGUCCUGCCCGUGGACCCGCCCCAGACCAAUCCUGACGAUGCUGUCACCACAACCAGUGCCAAGGAUGGGCACCACUUUCUCCAACUGCUGAAGCGUGAGCUGGCACGGCUGGACGGCGAGGCACGGGUCGUGGAGGCAGAUCUCGAGGCGGGAGCACACCUGUCGGAGGUGACGCUGGGGAAGCUGCGGGCGGCCGCGGGGCAGGCCCGACUCCUCAUGACCCAGAAGCUGCAGCAGUUCGAGGGGCUGUGCCACAAGAACCUCGCCCAGAGCUCGGACGAGCCGUUCCCGACCACGAGCGAGGACCUGGCUGGCUUCUGGGAUAUGGUGAUGCUGCAGGUGGAUCAAGUGGAUGGCCUGUUUGCAGAGAUCAGCGAACUGCGUGCAAAUAACUGGGUUGAGGCCAAGCCACACUGGGAAGCGGCGUCAGACCCCACCGUCACCGCUCCCAGCAAGCGCCAGUCGGUCGCGAAGAAGGCGGCACCCAAGGCCGUGCGUCAGGAGACGUCCAAGCAAGUGGAGACUGCGCGCAAGGCCCGCGAGGACGCGAGGCGCAAGAUGAUGGAGCAGAGGCGGAAGAUGAUGCGCGAGAAAGCUGCGGCCACCGCGCAAGCCGACGUAGAGAUAUUUGUGCCGCUCGAGAACGGGAAACACGUUUAAGCACUGCCUGGUAACCAGCUCAUUCACACUAUUUCAGGUUUAACAUCUUUUGACUUUGUCAAAGUAUGUAUACUGUUCAGCAUUAAAAUAUUGUGUCAUUUAAAUAGGUGGUUUAAAUGUUCACAGUAAUGUAAUGGAUUUGUUAAUUUUAUGAAUAAUGGUUCGUGAUUAAAACAAUUUUUAUUUAUACUGUUUACCUGCAAAAAGCUUUUUGAAUCUCAUCUUUUCAGCAAUUCUAGAAUUUUUAAAUAAAUGUUAUAAUGGUUCUUUAUGCGUGCUGCUGUUAUUAACUGUAUAUAUGGAAUGCUCUAGGUUAUAGCUUCAGAAAAGAUAAUGUAUUUUUAUAUUUUGGGAUGGUAUGUUCCGUGAUUAAAGUGUUUUGCGAGUAAUGCAACUUUUUUCAUUGCACUGAUUAAUUUUAUAAUUGUGUAUUUUUAUGCUUUUGUUUGCACAGUUCACUAGCACGUAAUGUAGUGUGUAAGUUAACCAAUACUUACUAAUGUUGCUUUCAGAUUGGUGCGUGUUUCUAAACAUUAUAGGCCCUAUUGUAUGAUUAUGCAGAUUUGUUUGAGCUAGCUGUUAUAAACAAGUGAAGGGAUGUAGUAUCAAGUAUUAUGACCAAUUAUUUUAAGAUGCCUUUAAGACUGAAUAAAGAAAUGGUUGUUUUAUGUGCUUUAGUAGAAGUGGAGAUGUGUUGUGAAGAUGCAUGAUGAAAUAGUGUUGAUAUAAAUUUUGAUCACAGUGACAUUGUAAUUAUAGUUUGAAUGAUAUUGUGUUGACUAUUGUUUUGUAAAGAAGAAAGGAAGGGUAAUUAUACCUGUGUUAUUGCUGUUUGAUACUUUUGUUACUCUUGUUUUACAAUAAUUACCUUUGCUGUAAAAAUAUCACUGGUGCUAAAAUAAAGUGUGUGUAAUUUUA